AUGGAGACCAGGAAGGUGCCGCCUCGCAAAGAUGGGAGGAUAAUCAUUCACUUCGACUACGACUGCUUUUACGCCGCCGUCUUCGAAGCCAAGAACCCGAGCCUGAAAAGCCUGCCCUUCGCGGUACAGCAGAAACAGAUAAUAGUGACAUGCAACUACGAAGCCCGAAGACGAGGUCUACACAAGCUGCAGUUGAUUCGUGAGGCGAGAAAAGUAUGUCCCGAUGUGAUCAUCGAGCUGGGCGAGGACAUCAGCCGAUUCCGUGAUGCGAGUAAAGAGUUGUACAAGUUCAUCAGGGCGUAUUCGUGGAAUGGCAAGGUGGAGAGGUUGGGUUUUGAUGAAGUAUGGAUGGAUGUCACGGACAUGGUCGACUACAACAUGCAACUACUCAAUCCUCACAACCUAGCCCAGUCCUUCUUCCAGACCUCUCAGGACGACCCAAUGAGCGGCUUCAACUUCGACGCCACCGCGCUCGCUGGUCAUCCCUAUCCUGUAGAAUAUACGUCCCAGCAACAAGAUCUUGUCGUGCAAGACCGUCUGACCUUACGACUACACCUCGGCAGCCACCUCGCCCUGUACAUCCGCCAUGCACUCGAACAACAAAAAGGCUACACAAGCACCGUAGGAAUCUCAACCAGCAAACUCCUGUCAAAACUCGUCGGCAACCUUAACAAGCCCAAGGGCCAAACGACAGUCAUGCCACCGUUAGCCGCCUCUGACCAUGGACUCGGGAAUGCGCAGCUCUUCAUGGAUACGCACGGCAUCGGCAAAGUACCAGGAAUCGGCUACAAGCUCGCAACCCUCCUACGCAGCUACAUCACUCAGCGCCCGCCAGACUACGAGACAGACCUCGUGUAUGGCGGGAAGCCCGAAAUCGUAAGUGUCGCCAACGUCCGCAACCGGUCCAGCGUAAACCCAGCAAUGCUAGAGAAACUGCUUGACGGCCCUGGUUCACCUCACGGAAUCGGGUAUAAGAUCUGGUGUCUCCUGCACGGCAUAGACGACACGGAAGUAGCGCAAGCGAAACCUGUGCCUAGUCAGAUCAGUAUAGAGGAUAGUUACAUUCGGCUGGACACGAUGCCGGAAGUCCUUCGGGAACUGACGACGUUGGCUCGGAGCCUACUGGCACGUAUGCGGAUCGAUCUCCUCGCGGAGGACGGUGUUGACGAGCCUGCCGGGGUCGAAGAUGGUGGUCACGAAGCCACAAUAACAACAUCGACCCUGAAGAAGUGGCUCGCUCACCCAAAGACCUUGCGUCUCACGACUCGUCCUCGGCAACCUCUACAACCAGACGGAACACGAGUACGAUCCUUCAAGCGGAUCUCCCAUUCCUCGCCCGUCCCCAAUUUCGUCUUCAUCCUUACCGAAAGCAUCGACAUCCUAGCCGAAAAGCUCGUCCGCGAGACUCUUGUGUCAAUGUUCCACAAGCUCCACCCAGAAAAGUCUGGCUGGAAUCUUAGUCUCGUCAAUCUAGCUGUGACCAAUAUGGCUGAAACGGGCGGGGAUAGCAAGACUGCACGUGGGAGGGAUAUCGGGAGUAUGUUGAGGAGACAGGAUGAUGUAUUGAGGGAUUUCAAGGUCAUCGAGGAGGAUGACGUUGAAGAGGUGCCUCCUAGUAGGCUGACAGGACUGGCUCACCGUGCGCAUGAGAAUGGAAGAGUCAGGGAUAGAUCCAUGCGGAAGGAUGAUGUGCCAAAAGAUCCCAAUAUCAAAGUGGUCGAUGAAGUCGAAGAAGCUACUCCUACGAACGUGGUAGAAAUUAUCAAUGAUGGCGAGCAUGACGGCGGUGGCACGAACGGCAGUAUGUGGCAAGACGAACAGGAAGAUGGAGAAGAAGAAGAGGAGGAGAUUCGUUUCGAUUCCGAUCUGCAAAGCUGCGUCGACUGUGGCAUGCAGCUACCUACCUUCGCCAUGAUAGCCCACAGACGCUUUCAUGCGCCGUCAUGA